UUCAAAGCUCAGCAGCGCCUGCAGUUAACCCUUCACCCGAGGCUGAGGUGGUUUCCUGUUUCAUCAUCAGACUGAGCCGGAAACAGAUCGAACUGAAAGAGAUCGUCGUUGGAGAGAGACUUCUCAGGGGUCGAGACUACAGUACUAAUUAUUCUAACCAGUUUGGGGACAUCCAGAAAUUUGAUGGGCAUCCACAUUCCAAUUCAUGAAAAAUAAUACUAAAAAACCAGAGGACCCCUUGUGGCUGAAAAUCUCCCCAAUUUGAUGAAUUAUUGAUGCCUGUGACAGUGGGAUCAUACGGCCAGUCCCAGCCCAGUUGUUUUGACAGAGUAAAAAUGGGCUUCAUGAUGGGCUUUGCUGUUGGCAUGGCAGCAGGUGCAUUAUUUGGCACGUUUUCCUGUGUCAGGAUUGGCAUGAGAGGACGAGAACUGAUGGGUGGCGUUGGCAAAACCAUGAUGCAAAGUGGUGGAACGUUUGGGACAUUUAUGGCUAUUGGCAUGGGAAUCCGCUGUUAACUUGAAUUUCUUUUAUUCUUUUUUACCAUGAAGACUAAUGCCCCUGUUAGUCCAGAUCCUGCUAUGUAAAAUAAUAAAACUUUGUAUCAGGAAUAAGAUAAAAGUA